AUGUCUUCUUCAAAGCGUAAAGAAAAGACUACUCUUAGCAAUCAACAAAGAAAAAAAAUUAUUGAAUUUAAAGAAAAACAUCCAAGUAUUAGUAAUGUUGAUCUCGUUGAUUGGGUGAAAAAAAAUAUGGGCCUUGAAGUUCAUCCUUCUACUAUUAGGCGUCUAAUAAAAAAUAAAGAUAAUAUUGGAGAUAAUCUAUCUGCAAAAAGGCAGAAGACAGUACAGUAUCCGGACCUUGAAAAUUCAUUACUAGAGUGGAUUCUUCAAAACCAAGACCAUAUUAUAUUAAGUGAUGCCAUUCUAAUCGAAAAAGCAAAAUCUUUUGCUAAAUUGUUAAAAAUACCUAAUAAUAGCCUUAAAUUCUCACAUGGUUGGUUAUAUAAAUUUAAAAAAAGACAUGGCAUAAGCCAAAUAAUACAACAUGGUGAAGAUGCAUCUGUAGAUGAUAAUGUCGUUGCAACUGCGAUUCCUAAAUUAAGAGAAUUAUUAGCUAAAUUUGAGUUAAAAGAUGUUUACAAUAUGGACGAAAUGGGAUUUCUUAAAGGUAGAAAAAAAAAUAAAGAUCGAUUAACUGUAGCAUUUUGUGUUAACGUUGAUAGAACAGAUAAACUUAAACCAUUUGUAAUUAGAAAGUAUCACAAUCUACGCUGUUUCAAAGGUAUCAAAUGCAACAGACUUGGUGUCACAUAUGAUAAUAGUGCUAAUGCAUGGAUGACGACAGUAUUAUUUCAAAAUUGGCUUAAAGAAUUUGAUUUAAAGAUGGCUGGUCGCAAGACACUUCUUUUGAUAGAUGGUGCAAAAUGCUAUUCUUAUAAAAAUUUAAAUCUUCGAAAUAUAACUGUUCACGUUCUUCCACCAAACACAACAUCUCGUAUUCAGCCUCUAAAUGCUGGUAUCAUUAUGUCUUUCAAGCGUCGCUACAAAAGUUACUUUAUUAAAUGGUUACUUGAUCAAUAUGAAUCUGGAAAUGAUAAAAAAUUGAAUGUUCUUAAUGCUAUUAAGUUUAUAGUCAAAGCAUGGAAAGAAGUAUCAUCAGAAACGUUAAUGAAAGAAUUACGUGAAGAUAUCGAAGCGCUCCAUCUUCGAAAUGUGAUGAAUCUUGAAGAAUAUAUUGACUAUCCAGAAGAAAAGAAAAUACAUGAAGCAUUAAGCGAUUAUGAAAUAGUGAAUCUAGCUAUUAACCCAGAACCUGAAGAGAAUAUAAGUGAUGAGGAUGAUGAUAGCACAGAAAUGUGUCAAGUUACUCAUAAUAAAGUACUGAAUGCUACAUAUUUGCUAGAACAAUACCUUCUACAACAGGAUCUUUAUGAUACAACCUGGUCAAACUAUGAUAAAGCUUUGUCGAAUUUGCAAAAAACGAUUAGAAAAUUAUGA